GUGACAUUUUUAUGGAGUACAGCAUGAUCAUAAAUGAUUUAUAAUGUACUUCAUCUCGAAUGAAGGUGGUCGUGGAAGUUUCGACCAGUAGGUACAACUAUCAAAGAUAGCGAGCGUCGAAAAUGACGACCAAGAAUGAAGAUACAGCACUUGCAGCCCUUGUAGAUCGCGUGAAGCGCGAUCUUCAAGGAGCUGCCGCGAGUGGGCAGACGGCUACUGUUAAAGAAAUAGUGGACAAGCUCGAAAAGGACCAUGGAAUCAAAACAAACACUCAUGCAGUCAAGCGCAUCCUAAAAGCUUUGCCUCAAGAUGUUUCCAAAACGACUCCUUCUAGGACUGCAACAGGAGAAAGAGUGUCAUCAUCAUCAUCUUCUACCACAAAUAAGACUGAUACGAAGAAAAUGGAGUUCAGACCGAAUUUGCGUGCACGAAGACAACAAGAGUCAGACUUGAGGCAUGCUGUAACUUGUCUUAGUUAUUAAUAAGAAGCAUCUCUGGCCGCUUCAUUAAGUUAUAUACAAACACGCAAAACAUUAGGAGGCAUUUAAUUUAUUUACGCAAAUAAAGAUGCUUUUCAAAGAGCUUUCUUGAGUUGUCACGUGGUUCGAAAUGAAUGAAUGAAUGAAUUCAAAAUGACAACUAUCGGCACUAAGAUCGUCUACCUCUAACAGACGGUGUGGAUGGCUUACUGCAAAUAGGUACUAUUGUGCAACUGCAAGGAUUUGUAGGUCCAGCUCGGGACCGCAAUGGACUCCUGGGUGUCAUUACAUCGCGUCCAGGGGAACGUGGUAGGGUAGAAGAGUCUAUCGAUUGGGACGCUCCGCAGAUGUCCCAUUGGAAAACCCAGUAUAUGGUGUAUGUGCCAAACUUAAGGCUGCAUUAUACUAAUUAUACUAAAUGAUCCUCCAACUACAUUUCUAUUUGUAUUAGUUGUACUGCAAGGUGGGAGCCCUCAACCUCAAGAAGCUUAGUAUCCAAGGUGGAAUAACAAGUAUUCAUGAGGGAUCGCAAGGAUAUUAAGUUCCCUAGUUGUCCAGUACGUAGUAUUUAUGUUGAUAAUGAUUAUCGAUAAGAAAAUACUUAGUGCUCUGACAGCUACUAUGUAUCAUAUGUAUCAUACUAUGAUAAUCAUAGGAAAGGUGGAUGUUGAGCAUUGUAGUGGUUCUUGUACAACGAAGUAGAUCCUCUUCUAACAGCCAACGUUCCGUGUCCGCGGACGGGGCGACCAGGCUUCGCGUUCAAUAUGCUUCCGGUUGCGCGACGCGAUCUCCGCGUUGUCGAUCUCAGCUUCAACGACAUCAGUGCCAACCCAAGUGACGAAUUUUUCGAAGUGUGGCCAACAGCUUUUGAAACCAACGCUCUCCAUCGCAAGAUACUAGAGAAAGCUAAUCUACUGAAGGUGAACCCUACUUCUUGCACGUACAAGAAGAGCAAUUCUGCUGAAGCAGGAGUUGUAGGCGUCGAGACAGGAGCUUCUGCUGGCAUGCCGUUGUCUUCCGAGCAUCCCACUGAGCAUGCAACGGAUUCAAAAGUAAUAACAGCUUCCACUUCAUCUUGUUUCACUUCCUCUUCAGAGCAGAAAAAGGUAGGUGAUGUGGUCGACGACAAAAGUAUACUAGAUCCAUUGCAAGAUCGGAAAUUUGAGAACCCUUUGCUGCUGACGGGCUUGACAACGCGCAUCGUCGCCAAGGUAGAAAAUCCCGGCAAGGACAGGAACAUUGACGGAGCCCUGAUAAAAGUGCCAGCACCUCCACAGCCCCUGGAAUGUUCUCAACUACCAGUUACACCACUUUACUUAAGGCUUCUCCUAAUCCAUCUUUCUUGUUUUUGAAAGAUAUUGAUAUCCUGAAGAGUCUGUUUUUCAGGGAGAAAAAGCGCCCAGGAUGCCUCUUGCAGAUGGACUAGGGCGAGCUCGAAUCUACGGCUUGCCGGAAAAUAUUGCAGAACUCGUCCGAAAACUGAAUGCGCCGAAGCUGAGCGUCCGCGAUGGUUUCGUGGCUGGCAAGAAGGAGUUUGAUAUCAAGCACUUUCUGAAGAAUCCCCAGUUUUACGAUAAAUUAAGGCUACUGUGGAAGCUGCAUCCUCAAUGAAUGAUAUUCGUACGUCCUUGGCUGCUCUUGUUCUAGUACCUGAAAAACAAGACGGCAAGGAAUCUACGUACCAGGGAUGCGCCUAAGGUACAACUAGCUCCAAAUAGAACGUCGACCAGACGUCCUUGGAGCAAUCCCGUGAACGUGGGCGCUUACAGCAAGAAGUCCCUGGAGAAAAAGUCCCACGCAAAGGAUCUGCGGAUCUGGUUCGAUCUGGACGACGUGAACUCACCGCCAAAUGAGUACGCAACCCACGCUUUCAACGGCUAUCUCCAUAUUGACUGCCCGGAGUUGCUAUUCGGUCCCCAAAUUAAGGGCACCGCCAACCUACCCUUCACAGCAUCUUUUAGCCAAUUUUUACUCGAGAAGUGCUGAAAUAUAUUCUAAAAGAUGGGUUGCCGGUACCUCUAACCAAAAUGGUCGUUUUCGCGGUUGCGUCGUGGUGGAACGCUGUGCGCCUAUACACCGAGUAGACAUGAGCCAGGAAGAGCGCGUAACGGACGAAGACGCCGGAAUAAUGGCAGAGGAGCUCGAGGAAUUUUGUAUGGCUCUUUUAAUCUCUACUAGUUAGAAGUACUGAAUCAUAACUGCCAAGUAGGUACUUGCUCGAAAACUAAAAUUAUGACCUGGUCGUUUAUCAUGAUUCUAGUUCUACCAUGUGACUUUGAGAGUCUAUCUUCUUGUAGUCAUUGCUCGUAUUGCUUUUAUAUGUGUAUUUCUUACAAGAAGUAUAAAAAUGUCAUCGAUGAUGUUGUUCGCUACCUUCGUCACAUGACAUUCUUCUUGUUUCAUACUGCACGGCGACGGGGUAGAAGCGGUGUGCAGCUCGAAAGUGGUGGAGGAAGGCGAAAAAAGUAGUUCCGCAAGCAAGCGCGGACCGCAGACUAAGAUCGAAGAAAUGAACUGGAACCUAGCAGAUGACACGGGUCCAUACGUGUUGGAUGAGGUCACGGGUCGAGUCCGUCCUCGCGACGAGGACCCGAAUAGUGGAGGCAUUCAAGACAUGCCUGAGGAGACGAUGAUGAUUUUGGAAGGAGCCAAGAUCGAAAAGCACACCUAUGAGCCGGAGAUCGUCGACGAGUGUCUCGAUGACAAUUACGGCUUCCUCUGAUCCAUCUCAGUAGGGAUCCCUCAAGCAUAUGCACCCCAGUGCAAGGGAGACGCCGACGCAUACCCUUGAGGGGUUUCCACAGGGAUGGACUGGCGAGAGGUCUAAGACAAACAGUACAAAGAUGGGGAGAAGGAACGAGUCGAGUACAAAUACGAAACACGAAAAACACUACGUUAUUAAGGCUCAUCAUGUUCAUGCGGAGUGUAAUUGCAAUUCAUCUUCUUCACAGACACCGGGUAUUACUUUGUCAUUCUUGUCUCGGUAUGCUCAGUUUCCUCCACCUUGGAUUCUGAAAACAAUAUGUAUGUCCAGUGAAGAUUCGGCAACGGCAACCUAUCCUAUCCUAUCCUAAACAAGAUGAGAUUACUGCUCAUAUUUCGCGAGAAGCUCUUCUAAUUUUCUGGAAAAAAGUUGUUGGAAGAAGGCGCAGCCCGUAAACUGGGGAUUCAACAAAUUCAGGAGACGCUGUGGCACUACUGGUGCGAAUAUCACGGGCUCGAACAAGACGGCUAUACACGCAAAACGCGAUCCUGGAUGGAAGAAGUGAAGGGCAGUGACUUGCCUCCUGGUCAACAUUCAUUUAAGGGUUGAAACAUUUCAUAUUUCUACGCAUGAUUUGGCACAUUUCAAGAAGAAACGUGUCAAAUAUGUAGGGCAAAUAUGAAUUGUUUCAACCUUUAAUUCAUUCUCAAAUUAUAUUAAAAACGCAAAGACGAAAAUGAACAUGAAGGACAUCAACAACUGCACGAGGAAGAUGAUGAAUAAGCAGAUUCAGGAGCACAGGAAUAAAGUUAAAGGAGCGCCUUCGAUAGAGGAAGAUGAGAACAAGGACCUUCUUCGUGAUCCUGCAAAUUUUGAGACGGAGAAGCUGGUUAGGAUUCAUAGUCUCGAGUCCGCAACGGAACAGAACGGAAAAAUUGCAAUGUUGGGGCUAUACGAUGAGACCAAGGGCCGAUGGAGCGUGUUUCUUACGGACGAGCAGGAGAGGGAGCUGUCCUUGAAGCCAAAGAACCUUGAACUUCUGAGUAAGAACGAAGUACGCGCCCGACAGUUUUUGCAGCCAGGGAGAAAGGUGCGCGCCCACGGCCUCGAGGGUGCAAAGCAUUUGAACGGAAAAGUCGGGACCUUGGGCGCUUUUGACCGACAAAAAUCACGUUGGGCUGUAACAUUUGACGAUGUCGAUGAUGACAAGACGACUGAAAAACAAGAAGAGCAGGACGGACACGGAGGAGGCACUAGAGGUGCUACAACGAGAGCGCAAGGAAAAAAGAAAGCACCACCACUGGCAAUCAGGUUUGGAAACCUCGCAAUGCUAGAAGAAGACAUAUUGCGAUUAGAGGAAGAAGAAAAGAUGGUUGACGCGAUCUUUGGUCGAGAUCCAGAAAAAAAACCCUAUCUGCACUUCGACAUUAGCGACUGGGGAAAGAAAUUGCUAGACAUGUCUCGAUUUGGCGGUCAACCCAUGAUUUCUCUCUCCCGGUUCUCCCUGAUGCGACGACAUUCCACACAUUACGGGCGGAGAGUUACUUAUACAUAGAUACAGUACCGUCCUGGUCUUCAGACACACAUCUAGGUAAAGGGUACGUCUGUUGAAGCAUGUAAGUACUACUCGAGAUGUUGUAAUAAUUUCUUAUACCCACGAAAGCGCAUCUCCCCUGCAUCACAGAGUACGUGCACUUGAGCAAGACGUUGUAUACAUAGCUACAGCUUUUCGUCUUCAAAUUUCGGAUGUCGGUCAGUUGCUGAAGGAGAAGGUGCAGUCUGUGGUUGAGAACUGUGCGCCUACGACCGGAAGGAGAGGCAGGCCAGACCCGACUGCGCUAGCGAACGGCUACCUGAGGUUUUGGUGCCGCGAGUUUGGCUCAUGUGGCGUUCAAUCGAGCCACACCCGAACCCGAUGGAUGGGUGUGCAGCCGUCCACACCCUAUCUUCAUGGUAGAGAUGCUUUUAAGGCGGGUUGAAACAUUUCAUUUUUGCAAGCUAUCUUCAUCACUUAGUUGAAAGGCGAUCCAAAAAUGAAAUGUUUCAAGCUCUAAUGCUCUGGACAUCUACAUGGAGCAGGAUCGGAUACGACAAUACACGACCUCAGAUGGCCCUGUUCCCGCGCAUACACGCAUUUCGGAAGCUGACGCGAAGGCAAUGCCGCAUUUUAUCAUUUGAGAAGGCCCUCUUCUCACGCUUACCAGGCAUUUGGGAUGCUGGACGACCACAGCAUUUGCUUCAUCAACUAGAGGGCUAUCAGUUCUUGUCUCUAUUUGCGUUGGAGAACGAGCUGCAGCUGGACUAGCUGCUGCUAAGGACCUGUUUUUGUUUUUGCCUAAACAAGAGGUAGUGAAAAGCUUCAUCGUUUCUCCAUCCACGAAUUGUCGCAAUUGUACUAGAAACGGUAAUGACAAUGUCAGGAGCAGGACCUCCACUUGCCUACUACGGCGAUACUGCGUUGUCAGGCAACGAAUCAAGGAAGAUUCCAGAUUGACUGGAUUUGGAACUGACGGAACGAGUGUGGUCCUUAUUGAUCACCUUGGUCCUGGAUGGGGAGGGGGACGGCCCUCUUCUAUAAUAGUCAAAGACCUUGAUUGACAACCUUAUUUAUAAUAGGACAGAUGAUGAUAAUUCUUUUCGAAGUUCAAGGAGAAAAUAAGCGGCCGAGGCAGUGGC